AAAGACGAACAAACCAGUGCGGCCCGAGCCCAGGCGGAGCCACACCCCGGGAGGGCCGGCCCGACCCGAGCGAGCGCGGAGCGCAGCCCGGCAUGGACACCUGAGACGGGGCCCCGCCGCUCGGCUCCCGGAGAGCCCCCGCGGGAGGAUGGGACCCGCCGCGGGAGGUUGCGAGCUAUGGGCAUUCAUACUCUGGGCUUGGCUGUUGCUUGCCACGCAACUUGCUCUAGGAACUGUGGAAGAAGCCUGCAACUGCAGUACACCCAUGGCCUUCUCUGAGCUUCAGGCAGCUCCAGCCCUCCGGACAUGCUGCUUGAACUUCACCGGGACUGAAAUUGACUCCCUGGACUGGAGCCUCUUUGGUGGAGUAACAGGCCUGAGAGAGAUAUACCUCUCGCACUGCGGCGUGUUGGACAUUGUCAAUGCAUCCGCUGCGCCCGUCAUGCUGGAGAUCUUGCACUUGGAUCACAAUCAGUUGGAAAAGCUUCCAGAAAGUUUCCUAGAAGAUGCCCCGCGAUUGAGGGUCCUUCGUUUGGACAGCAACAAGCUUUGCAAGCUGCCCAAAUCCUUCCUGAGAGCUUCCACUCAAAUCCAAGAGAUUAACCUUGGCUUCAAUGACUUGGCCUCCCUUCCCUCCGGUGUCUUUAAGCCCUCUCUCACCAGGCUCAGCCUCACCAACAAUAGCUGGGAUUGCACCUGCGCCUUGUUCGGUGACCUGGAGAAGUAUCCCCGAGAGCCAUCCAGCGGGGCCAUGCAGGGCCCUGCCGUGGUGUGCAGCACCCCAGAGCGUUACCGCAGCAUGGACAUCCGAGAUAUCCGUAAGCAGGAGCUCUGCCGGGCACAGAGCUUGACCGCCCUCUUCAUCUGCCUGCCCCUGGUGGUCAUUUUAGCCCUGGUCGCCUGGUGCUUUUGCAGGCAGAAGAGAAAGACGGGCUACACCCUCAGCCGCAGGCCGGAGUGCCACCUGGCCACGGUGGAGAGGAACGGUGCCAAGGGGCUGGCAGAGCCUCCCCACUACAUCCAGGGUGAGCUGCCCACUGCCCCCACCGAGAGCGAGAAGAACAUGCUGCUGAGGAACCAGAUCCUGCUGAAGCCCUCCACCGCCCUGCUGGGGAGCAACAGGGACCUCUACGAAGAGGUGGAAAUCAAGCUGGGGGCCUUGGACAAUUCCUUUGUGCUGGUCAACGAAGGGAGCCUCAGCCAGGAGACGGGCCCCGAGGGGGCACCGCCGGUGGUGGCAGCAGCACAGGAGCUGGGGGGCAGCGACCCGGAAGCGGAGACGGUGAGCGUGACGGACGUGCUGAAGGACUCGGUGGACCGAGAGAAGCUCUACAUGAGCCAGGCGGUGGAUUAUUACAACCUGGUGCCUGCCAUUGAGCUGGAGGACUCCGACCACCAGGAGUACGAGAACAUUGACCUGCACUGAGGCUUGGCGAGUGAGGGGUGUCCUGGGAACCUGGGGCCGUAUCCUGCCCUUGCUGACACCCAGUGCGCUCCCGGGGGUGGGAGAGGGUGGGAGCUAGUGCAGGAUGCAGCUGGAGGGCAGUGAAUGGAUAGCUUGUCACUCAAACAACCGUUGUCAUGUCGAUCCAUUGGACUGGAGCGAGAGCAAUUGUACAUGAGGUAUAAAUGUCUGAAAAUGA